AUGGCUCCUCGAGCUGGCUUUAACACAGACCAGAUAAAGGACAAAGCUCGCAAAGACCUCCUUUACCUGCUCGAGGCUGUCCGCGGGAAAAAGAACCUCAUCCUCGAGCGCAGUCUAGCCGGUCCGAUCGGUACCAUCGUCAAAGUUGCAACGCUUCAAGAAUACGGCGUGGAUAAGUUCUUCUUCCUGGAGAACAAGAAUGCGGAUACCAGUCAGCGAAACAUCAUCUUCAUAGCUCGUGGGGAGUGCGCGCACCAUGUGCAAACAAUAGCAGAGCAGAUCCGACGCUUACAGCGCGAGAGUCAAACGGGCCAUGAGUUUCACAUCUUUUGGGUCCCAAGGCGAACCCUCGUCUCCGACAAACUACUUGAAGAGGCUGGCGUCUUGGGAGACGUAAGCAUUUCGGAGCUUCCUCUCUACUUUUUCCCUCUGGAGAAAGAUGUCCUUUCGCUCGAAUUAGACGACUCGUUCCGCGAUCUCUACCUCUCCAAAGAUGUCACUCCGUCUUUCCUUCUCGCCAAAGCUUUGAUGGGAAUCCAGCAGACUCAGGGCUUGUUUCCCAGGAUCAUCGGCAAAGGCGACAACGCGAAACGAGUGGCCGAGCUUCUUGCUCGCAUGCGCCAGGAAGUGCUCGCCGGCGAAGACGCGAGUGAAACGAAUCGAGCCGGUUUGACACCAAGCACUCUAACGGAGAGCGUCAUCAUAAUUGACCGCGAAGUUGACUUCGUCACUCCUCUGCUGACUCAGUUGACAUACGAGGGUCUAAUCGACGAAUUGUUCGGGAUCCAGAAUAACCAGGCCGAAGUCGAUACCACUGUGGUUGGCGCCCCAUCGCAAUCCUCCGCCACCAGUGCGCAAGCAAGGAAACGGAAGAUUCAGUUGGAUUCAUCAGACAAAUUGUAUGAACAGCUCCGAGAUACCAACUUCGCCAUUGUUGGAAGCUUGUUGAACAAAGUUGCUCGCCGCCUGCAGAACCUGCAAAAAGACUAUGAAGGAAGAAACAGUCAAAAGUCGAUCGCCGAGCUCAAAGAUUUCGUCACUAAACUGCCGGGAUACCAGGCGGAGCAGCAAAGUUUGAGGAUUCAUACGGGAUUGGCAGAGGAGAUCAUCAAGUACACACGAACUGACCAGUUCAAGGGGCUGUUGGAGGCUCAGCAAAACUUGGCUGCGGGAGCGGACCCAUCGACUCAAUUUGAGGCCAUUGAAGAGUUGAUUGCACGGGACACGCCGCUCCCGGAGGUAUUGAGAUUGCUAUGCAUCUAUUCUUGCAUCUCAGGCGGAAUCAAGCCGAAGGAAUUCGACCAGUUCCGGCGGCUGAUACUGGAGGGAUAUGGAUACCAACACAUCUUGACUCUGAACAACCUCGAGAAGCUCCAGCUGUUUUUGUCACGCUCAUCUCCGUUGGCAGAAAUGAUUCCCAUGGCUGGAUCAUCUGGCAGCAACACUGGAACAAAGACGAACUACACCUAUCUUCGCAAGCUCCUUCGACUCAUUGUCGACGAGGUCAAGGAAGACGAUCCGAACGAUAUCGCAUAUGUCUACAGCGGAUACGCACCGUUGUCGGUCCGUCUUGUGCAAUGUGUUCUGCAGAAACAAUAUCUACUCCAGGUCACUCGAGGCAAUGGCGCCAGUGGCUCGUCCGGCUCAUCUGCAGCUCAAGGCUGGCACGGCUUUGAUGAAGCUGUCAAGCACGUUCGUGGACAGACGUUCUACGAGCUGCAAAAGGGCGAGGAAAAGGCCGUCAAGGCUCGUGCACUCCUCUCAGGAGGAACAGAAAAACAGACUGUAUUUGUGGUGUUCGUUGGAGGCAUAACGUUUACGGAAAUCGCUGCUUUGAGGUUCAUUGCGAAGCAAGAAGAAGCGCGGAGAAACAUCGUCAUCUGCACGACCUCAAUCAUUAGCGGAGACCGGAUGAUGGACGCAGCGAUCGAGAAAGAAUCGUUCGCUAGAGAUACUGCCAAACCUGCGACUCCAAGCCAGUAG